AUGAGCUGUGAUACCAGUAUUGAUGAUGAUGCUUUGUUAUCUGGAUUGCCUAGCUGGAAUGAAAAAGUGAAGUACACCAACAGAAGUGCAAUGCCUGAGCAGAUGGAGCCUGCUUUACCAGAUAUGACAAUCGAAAGCACAACACGACAGAAAACGAUACCCAGUAUAACAAAAAUAACGGCAGAGGACGAUAAACGUAUGGCUCUUCGAAUGGCAGCACUAAAAACUUUAAAGACGCGUUCUAAGAAAAAGCUCGCUAGAGAGAUACCUCAAGCAAAUGCAGUAGACGAAGCGAGGCCUAUGAAUGAUGCAGAAUCCAUCCAUUCUUCAACAUCAUUAAAAGAAGAUGGUGAUAGUGAUGCUACUAACAUAAUAAAAUCUGAUGAAAAAACAGCAAUGAACAUGAAUGUGGAAACUUUAAAACAAUCCACGCAACCCGUGAUACAAAGGACAUUCGAUUACACUGACAUUGAUGCACCUAGAGCACAAUCAAGAGGAAGCCUGGACUACAUUCCCAUCGAAAAUGAAGAGACUUCUAAUGAGGCACAAAGCUCAAGAAAGCGCAUCUCAUAUGCGGAUGAAUUCAGCGCGCAUCCCGUGGCACCAUCCGGGGAUGAUGGAGGCCCAGCUUGGCUCAAUAGGGUGUAUGAUGCUUCGUCCAAAUCAGCAUCAAGCCCAUUCAAAGGUAAACCUCAACAUUUUCAUAUGGAAAAGUCAGGCUCACAAAUGUUUUCAAAAAUACGAGAGCAGGGUCCGGCAGGACGCUUUAUUGAUGAACCUUGGCGACCAAUAAUCAUUGAAUGGUCUGAUGAUGAUGACGAGAAUCUUAAUGAAGACGAAAGUGAUUAUGGAAAAAGAAAAUUGGAAAGCAGCAUACCAAAUACUGCUGAGUUGGAAUCCCUGAAGGCUUUCGCAACAUCUGAAUUGUCUUCGCCACGAACGCCGCAUUCAUCUCGUACUGAAAACAGAAAUAAGUCGUCAACAUUGUCUUUGAAAGAGCAUGAAAUUCAGAAUAUGAUGGCAAAGAUUAAAGAACUAGAAAGCAGGAAAUGCCACGUUGGUUAUGAUGAUAAUCAUUCAACCGCGGGUAAUGAUUUCAAGAGCACUUUGCGGAAACGGAGCACAGUAGACUUUGAAAGUUCUAUCACAGAUCAAACUCAAGAGCAUAUGGAGAUGCAGGAAUCAAGAAAGCGUGCUCGAACUGAGCCUGCUUCAUCCGCUAUGUCAUGGAUUAAAACAAGUAUUGCUAACUUUGGUUCAUGGGUGGCUAGGCGAUUAAGCUAUUCGAGUGAGCCGCCAAAUGAAGACGUUGCGGACACUAGAAACGAGACAGACAAUUAG